GAUAUAAUAACACUACCACAACUACCACUACUACAACUACUACCAAUCCCUUACCCACCACUAUCACCACAUCUGCUGACCCAAGAUAGUCUACUUAUUUUAGAUACAAAUUUAUCUCCAAAUCCUUAAAUAUCAAAGAAACGCCUCUUAUAUUAUUCUCAACCUCGCAUAUUCAUUAAGGCAACAUAAUCAUGAAUAUCACCACCACCACCACCACUAGCACCACCACCAUGGCUACUAACACCACCUUCGCCCCUAACACCACCACCACCAACCUCUCCUCCAUGAUCACCGAGAAUCGCAUUUCGUCGCCUCAGGAGGAAACGCGAUAUAACACCUUGAAAAUAGAGAUACGACCUUUGGACCCCUUCGAGCACUGGUCUGAAGGAGGCGAUGUAGAGGACUGGGAGGUCGUCGGCUACUCCAUUGUGAUUCCUGCUAUCUGUGGUAUCGGGAUUAUCGCCAACGCCCUCAGUCUGGUCGUCCUCCUGAAGGGCGCUGACCGUCUGAAGGAGUCGCUGUAUAUAUAUCUAAAAGCAGUGUUGUCUGCGGCGGAUCUGGUGACGGUGGUGCUGAUACUGCUAAGUGGUCUGGCCAGGGGAGUGUGGAGCAGUUCUUUCGCCUGGAAGUGUUUCGACGCCUUUGUCCACCUGCCUGUCGUAUCCAUAGCGACGCUGGUGGCCGUGACGGUGGAGAGAGUAGCCAUUAUCAGGACCCCCUUCCUCUCCCGCACCCUCUGCACCGCCUCCGUCGCCCACAAGACCUGCCUGCUGGUGCUCUUAGGCUCUGUGGUGUUCAACGUACCUUAUUGCUUCACCUUCACCGUCGCUCCUGGACACCUGGCCUAUAGUGACUUUGCUAGUUCCAGGUACUACACCGUACACAACUGGGUGCGUCUAGUAGUGUUGGGUCUUGUCCCUGCCGUCACCCUACUGCUGGGGAACCUCCUCCUCCUACACGCUCUCUGGUGCCCUCGUCGAGACUCCCUCCCUCCCAGGCCUCUCGUCUCCUGCACUCACCUCCCCUUGCAGGACCAGCGGCGCCUCUCGUGGGUGUUGGUGGGGAUGAUCUGCAGCUUCCUGGUGGGGGAGUUCCCUACCCAUGUGGCUUCAAGAGCUUCAGCUACCUCCCUUCUCUUCCCUGGCCAGCCGCAGUACCUCUACACCCAAGGCUUCAGGUCAGAGCUUCAAAUCGGGUCUUCAACUCAGGUUUCAGGAGGAGCAGUUACUCUGAGUGGUGUAGGCUUCAGAUGUAGCGGUCCUGAAAGGCAACAAGACUCAGACGAAAAUCAAGAGGACCCUUCAGGACAACCACCUUCAGGAGAAAUAGAACUUCAGGCAGAGAUCUUCAUCACUUUUACUCUCACAGAAUCUUCACUCUUUACUCACAGGAUCUUCACUUUACUCAAGGUGAUCUUCACUCUACUCACAGGAUCUUCACUUUUACCACAGGAUCUUCACUUCAAUUAG